UGUCAAACAAGUAUAAUUUAUGUCGCUUCCCUGUAGUUCGGCUGGUGUCAAGCGAUUACCAGAGCGUGAAUUCUACUAGCGAUUUCAUGCAUUUCCGCUAGUUAGUCUUUUCGCUAAUGAUUUGUAAUGCAACGAGGCAUCGAAUCUGAAAAGAACCCACCCCUAAAAAACGAAACUCAAUGCGUAUAUGAAAUUGCAAUAACAACAAUGUGCGAGCAGAUCAAAAUUCAACAGAAAUUUAGUGUCCCGUACUAUUCCUGCAGAAAUUCGCAGGAAUUGUAGUUCGAUCGAACGCUCAGUCUGCCGUUGUCAUUUUUACACUAAAUUGUUUAGAUCUUGAGUGUCAAUUGUAGUUGAAGAGCAGUCGAAAAAGGUCAAUAAAGAACAGACAUUCCUUAAAUAAAAAUAAUUUAUUUUAGUGUUGUUAGUGAAAAAAUUAAAGCCGAAUAAAAAAUAAAAAAGUGAAGUGUAAUAUAUGGAUGGUCCGAACCCAAAACGAAUUAAAAAGACUUGCUACAAUCAAGUAUAUACAGAAAAGACAUGUAAAUGCGAAGAUAAGGAAGCUUUAAAGGCUUUCUUCGAAGAACUGAUGGAAAGAAAAAUGAGCCAAAUUUCUGCACAGUACCAAGUGCUCCUAGAAGAAGUAGCGCAGCAGAAAGUCCUCAUUCAGCAUCUUCUGAAAGAACGCACCGACGACUCAUCGAAAAUGAGAGAAUUUCCAAUUAAAAACAAAACAGAUUUGGGCCGAAUUAAUGAAAAUAUAGAAGUUCGCGGAAAAAAGAACUACAUCAAAUGUAUGACUCAAAUUCUCCAGGGUUCUGGAGUGGUGACAAACCUGAAGAAUAUUAUAACAGACGAAUUGGCCAUGCAGUACAAUAUUGAUGGAGUGUUUGGCAAGGAUUCGCUCAAAAGCUUUACAAAUUUUUUCGACGCCCUUAUUGAGUCCAUACCUACCAGGAUAGACGCUGGAUCGCCAGAGAAUCAACUGCGCCAAGCCCUUCAGCGUCAAAAAAAAAAAACGAGUAAUAAAAAAAAAUCAUUUAGUAAAUAAAGAAAAUAAAUGAUUAAUAAAUAACAAUAUAAUGUAAGACAGUAUAUAUUUUAAAACUACUAAGAAAGAAAAUAAAUUAAAAAAUACAUAUGUAUAAUUGAAUUUAAUAAAUCUAUUGCUUUGAAUUUCAUAAAAAUUUCUUUUAUUUUCGUAAAAUUGAACCAGUAGAAUGGCUAGCGAGUUAGAAUUAAUGAAAUCGCUAACGAUUUUGAAUUAGUCAAAUCACUAGCCAUUUUGAAUUAAUGAAAACGCUAGCGAUUCUGUAUUAGCGAUUCACUAACGAUUUUGGAACUUGUCAUUUCACCAAUGACUGGUAAUGUAGCGUCGCACCGCUCGAUUACUCUCGUAGGACAUUGCAAUGUAAAAAUCAUUAGUCAAAUAACAUUGCGAGUAAUCGGGCUGGAACUGGUUCUAAUGAUUAGGAAUUAGUCAUAUCGUUAGCUCUUCCCUGAUGGUACCGAACUACAGGGUUGGUUUGGGUUGUUUUCAAGUGCACAUGUGCAUUUGUAAUCAAUUGCCCAAACCUAAGUAAAUAUAAUUAGGUAGUUCACAAGGUGUCAUACAAUCGUAAAUCGUAUAUGAAAAUCUUAAAAAAGUAUUAGACUUGUGAGCAUCCCUGUGAGUUGUAAAUAACAUAUAGUCGUAUCGAAUCAGCUGUUUGCUAAAAUUUAAAUAACUAAAAUGCCGCGCGCAAGUGAAAAAGACAAAAUUGUAGCAGUUUUGUGCCUAAAUCAUAUGAUUAAUUUACUGGAUAUGAAUUCGAGUAUGGGUUACAUUUUUUACAGCAUUUAUUUACAUAUUUAUUAUACACCUUUACUAUUUUGCAGCCGACGAGGAAGAUGAAGCGAUUGAAAAUUUUAAUUCAUACAUGCUUUGUGUGCUAAAUAAUCGCAGGGGUGUUCACCUUGGCAUUCCAAAAUCAUGCGAAUGGGAGCAAACGGUGCUCAGAAAAUUCGAUGAUAACAGGUUCAAUCAAAUGGUUAGGGUCCGUCCCGAUGAGUUUUGUUAUAUUUUAAACUUAAUAAAGCAUGACGAAGUUUUUAACACAAGUUCAAGUACAGUGCAGCUCCCAAUAAAAUUGCAGCUUAAAAUUGUCCUUUGCCGUUUAGGAUCAUCCGGUGAAGGACAAUCUGUGCAUAAAGUAGCUUCCCUUUUUGGUAUUGGUGAUGGGGGCACUAUUUACAAUCUAACCAGGAGCAUAUUUAAAGCCAUUUUAAAAUUGAAGUCUAAAUUUCUAUUUUGGCCCCAUGAAAGAGAAAGGCAGCAAAUUGUGUCCUCAACCAGUACAGAAAUGCCGGGAUGUGUUGGAUAUGUAGACGGUUCUGAGGUUAAACUAUCUGAAGCUCCUGUUAAUGAGCAUACGAUGUACUAUUCUCGCAAACGGCAAUAUGCGGUCAAGCUUCAAGCUAUAUGUGAUUAUAAUUUGAGAAGAAGGCAGUUAAUAGUUGGUUAUCCGGGUAGUGUACAUGAUGCAAAAAUAUUUUCGAACUGUUUACUCUUCAAACAACCGGAGCGUUUCUUGUUAACCUCGCAGUGGAUAGCUGGGGAUAGUGCCUAUCCACUGAAGCCCUUUUUAAUUACGCAAUUCAGACAAAAUAGCAGCGAGUACACAGAAGAAGAAAGGCACAGUUUCAACAAAUAUUUCUCAAAAUACCGUGUACGAGUCGAGAACUGCUUUGGUCUUUUGAAAGAAAAAUUCGGUAGCCUUAAGGAACUUAAAUUCAGAAUGCAUUCGAGAACAAAUAAGAAUCAAUGCAACGACUGGAUUACUGUGUGCUGCAUUCUUCACAACAUUCUUAUUAAUUUUCACAUUGAAAAUGAAGACGGAAAUGAAGUUCCAGGUCCUCAGUUCGAUUUCUUUUAA